AUGCUCUCGGAACCGCUUGCAGUGUCAGCGCCUGCAGUGCCAAAGGCAUGGUCAGAAUCUGGCGACUUCCGUGGGACACCAAAGGCACGGGAAUCCCGCAGCCCUGUGGAGUUUGAGAGCGUGUCCAAUGGCUAUCUUUCUGAAAAAUACGAAGCUUUACAAAGGCAGCUCGCCUCAACACAACGAACCUGUGCAGAGCAACUACAGCGCCAGGAACGUUUGCAGCUGGAGCUGAGAGAUACACAGGCUCAGGAUGCCCUGGUUUCAGAACUUGUGGCUCGUCAGGCAUCUCUGGUGAGCCUCCGAGAAGUUGCUUUGUCUGCCAGGCAGGAGGCCAUGUGCCAGGCAGGGCGGCUCCGCGAUGAACAGCUGGCUGGCGCGCGCGCGGAGCAACGUUGUGCACAGCUGGCUGAGGAAUGCAGGCAGGGCGCGGUCCGUUAUGACCAGGCGGUGCAGCAAUUGGCCGAACAGGACAGGGAAAUCGCGAGGCAUCGCUUUGAAGCCAUGAGCAAUUCACGGCGACUACGGCAGACCAACGCUGAUGUCCAUGUAGUGAAAGAGGACUUACGAAUCGAAAGUCAGCGUCAGCUCUUGGCGCAGAAUGAGCUGCAAGAAUUAGAGCAGUCCUUACAGCUCGCCCGUCAUCAUCUUCGGCUCGCUGAAGAAGAUGCAGACCGCGCACGGAAGGCUGUGACCGACAAAAAGAAAGAGCUCAUUGAGGCAGAUGGGGAAGUUCAAAGCCUGGGGGAAGCUGUGAAAGAGGUGCAGCAGGAGAAGCAACGUUCCUUGCAAGGCAUCGCCUUAGCCGAGGACCAAACGCAGAAAUUGGAAAGCCAGUUUCGGGUGGUGCAGCAGGACCUGGGAAGAACCAAAGAGGAGAAUGAACGCCGCGUGUCCGACAGCAAGGCCCAAACACUUUGGCGAGAUUCUCUGCACGUUGAUCUCUACAAAGUGGAAAACAAGUGCGAAGCCAUCACUGCCGAGGUGCAGGCUUGUCGCCAGAGCAUUGCCGAGCUCGAGGCUGCUGUUGCAGAAUGCAAAGUUCAUUCAGUUCAAGCUUUCAGAGAAAAGGACACUUUGACACAGAAGGUUCAAGAGCUGAAAGCGGAGCAGCAACAGCUAGAUGGUCUUUGCUUGGCUCUCCGUCGUGCUUCUCAUGCUGAGGAGCUUGCUAUGGAGGAUCUUCAAGCAGAGCUUCAGAUGGCUUUCGUGCGCAAGGAGUCCCUAAUGGAGGAGAUCGCAGCGAAUACUCAAGCAUGUUCAGCUAUCGGCAAGCAAUUGGACCAGCUGAGGCCUGAUAUUGCGGAGGCAGAUGAGCGAAGCGGCUCCUUGGAGAUGCGUCUUGUCCAGAAGUCCAAAGAUUUGGAAGGCGAGCUGCAGCGUGAGCGUGCCUUGCGACAGAACUUCACCUCAGGACUUGUCAACUCAACUGCUGCGCUGGCCUCGCCGGCGCCGAAGUCGCCUUCUCAGGCGCCGAAGUCGCCUUCGCCUUUGCCCGCAUCGCAAUGUCUGGCCCCCCCGCUGACUUCACCCGGCACAAUGCCCUUGCGAAGGCUACACUGA